GCAGGUAACUAGCUAGGUUUCGUUUUCAUCAGCUGAUGAGAGCAAUUGAGAGCCCCAGAAUUCCACAAAGGUGCUUUGCAGUGGGCAGCUCUUCUAAAACCUCCAGUUCCUGUAUAGUUUCAUAAGUCAUAACGCGUGCAUUGGGUCAUCCUGGAUGUCAAAAUUGCAGAAGUUUGUCCCCCUUUAUGUCUUGUUUAUAGGUUGACUGGAGUUUGGCUGCAUAUUAACCCAAGGUGUGGUGGUGUCAAUGACUUGACAAGUUUCUAGCCAGAAAAAGUACCAAAAAUUCACAACUCCAACUUGAUGCCGAUUGUCAUAGAAUAUUCAGUUUCCCAUGUAACGUACUUAUGUAUACUUACAUGAAUUUGAUCAAAGUCCAGUCUGGCCUCAUCUCUGUUCCUUAAAUCGCAUUCAACCGAGAGCUGAAACAGUUUGAUUGCUCCUUUUGUCACCUGUCAUCAGCACAUUUUUUUUUUCCGACAAAUAUCGGCACAUUCUUUCAACUACUACGUUGUGUAAGCAAAAUAAUUUACGAGUUCAGCAACUGAUGAGCUGUGUAGGAUAUCUUAUUCAUUUAGGUAGGCAUUUCCUGUGCUCUGUUGAACGUGGUUCGAUUUUCGACGCAGAUUCGUACUUUGCAGCUUAGCCUAGCUAUCCCUCUUGGCCCUUUUAAAACUGAGGGGUUGACAUUCAUCGUAGCCGGAGUGCUAUAUAUAAUGGACAUUCUCUAGCUAGGUUCUGAACAAUCCAAGGAAGAAGCAAGCAAGGCCUCUGUCUUCCUGGGCCAAGAGCAUCCUCGUAUACAAGUGCCCUUCUGCACCUAGGCGUGUGCAACAUCGUCCACAAUGCCGCGUACCGUGUCCGAUGGCGGUGAAGAAUUGCCCGGCGAUGACAUCUCCAGCCGGACGAUGUCACGCCGCCGCACGGAGAAUACCCACAACAGCUACAAGGUUGGUUUUCCGCCCAAGAAGGGCGCUUUCGCGGAGUUCUCCGACGGGUUGAAGGAGACCUUCUUCUCCGACGACCCGCUGAGGCCGUUCAAGGACCAGCCCAAGUCCAAGAAGCUGUGGCUCGGCCUGCAGCAUGUCUUCCCGAUGCUGGACUGGGGCAGGAACUACACCUUGGGCAAGUUCAAGGGCGACCUCAUCGCCGGGAUGACCAUCGCCAGCCUCUGCAUACCUCAGGAUAUCGGUUAUGCCAAGCUUGCUGGCCUGUUACCACAGUAUGGACUGUACAGUAGCUUCGUCCCGCCUUUGAUAUAUGCCCUGAUGGGUAGUUCCAGGGACAUAGCCAUCGGUCCUGUGGCGGUCGUGUCGCUGCUGCUCGGCACUCUUCUCCAACAGGAGUUAGACCCGGUCAAGGAUCGGGAAGAGUACACCAGCCUGGCCUUCACCGCCACAUUCUUCGCGGGCCUCACUCAGUUCGCGCUCGGAUUCUUUAGGCUAGGGUUCAUCAUAGAGUUCUUGUCUCAUGCCGCCAUCGUUGGUUUCAUGGCGGGUGCAGCCGUCACCAUUGCUCUUCAACAGCUCAAGGGAUUCCUUGGCAUUGCGGUCUUCACCAAGAAGUCAGAUAUCAUAUCAGUCAUGAAAUCUGUCUGGGGAAAUGUUCACCAUGGCUGGAACUGGCAGACAAUAUUGAUCGCAGCAUCGUUCUUGGCAUUCCUUCUAGCAGCCAAGUACAUUGCUAAGAAGAAUAAAAAGCUCUUCUGGGUUUCUGCAAUCGCGCCGCUUAUAUCGGUCAUCUUAUCCACCUUGUGUGUGUACCUCACUCGUGCAGACAAGCAAGGCGUCGCUAUUGUCAAACACAUAGACCAAGGAAUCAAUCCAGCGUCAUUUCAUCGCAUAUUUUUCAGCGGCCCAAACUUGACGAAAGGAUUCAGAAUUGGGGUUGUAGCUGGAAUGGUCGCCCUAACGGAAGCCAUUGCGAUUGGACGAACAUUUGCUGCCAUGAAGGACUAUCAAAUAGAUGGUAACAAAGAAAUGGUGGCUCUAGGAACCAUGAACAUUGUAGGUUCAUUUACUUCAUGCUAUGUAGCAACAGGUUCUUUCUCACGAUCAGCAGUGAAUUACAUGGCUGGAUGCAGAACAGCAAUAUCCAAUGUCGUUAUGGCAAUUGUAGUAAUGCUCACACUGUUGUUGAUCACUCCGUUGUUUAAGUACACGCCGAACGCCAUCCUAGCUUCCAUCAUCAUAAACGCAGUGCUUGGACUAAUUGAUUUUGAGGCUGCCUACCUUCUCUGGAAGGUUGAUAAAAUGGACUUUGUGGCCUGCCUAGGAGCAUUCUUCGGGGUUAUAUUUGCAUCAGUAGAGUAUGGCUUGCUCAUUGCGGUUGCAAUAUCUCUUGGCAAGAUUCUUCUUCAAGUAACACGGCCGAGAACAGCUUUACUUGGUAACCUUCCAAGAACAACGAUCUAUAGGAAUGUUGAACAAUACACAGAAGCUACCAAGGUACCCGGGGUUCUGAUUGUAAGAGUGGACUCGGCCAUUUACUUCACGAACUCCAAUUAUGUUAAAGAGAGGAUCCUGAGAUGGCUGAGGGAUGAGGAAGAACAACAGGAGGAGCAGAAGCUGUCAAAAACAGAGUUUCUGAUUGUUGAGUUAUCUCCGGUAACUGACAUCGACACAAGCGGAAUCCAUGCCUUGGAGGAAUUGCUUAAAGCACUUGAAAAGCGCAAAAUUCAGCUGAUCCUCGCCAAUCCCGGGCCAAUAGUGAUCCAGAAGCUGCGGGCGGCGAAAUUCACAGAGCUCAUCGGGGACGACAAGAUAUUCCUGUCGGUCGGCGAGGCGGUUAAGAUGGUAGCUCCAAAGCACGAGAACGCCUGAAGAAGAUAUGCAUCGAGAGAUGUACAGACAGAACAAAGAGACAUAUUUGGUGUGAUUUUUAUAGAGCGGGGAGCACAGGAGUGAUCGGCAUGGUUUGUGCAAAAGGGUAAAUGGAGGUGCGUCGGAUUUGGAUCUCAUCAGGUUGGAGAAAAAGGCGAAGAUGGUGGUGGCCUAGUUGGACAUCAUCACAUCAACAUGAGUGUGUAUGCUGUCGUGGUGUGUGUGGGGGUUUGUUGGCAAGCAAUUGCUUAUUAGAUGACGGUUUAUAUCAUGAUCCAUCUUUAGGUUUUUGCAGUUUAUAGAUCUGUGCCACGUAUAUACGUGUGUGUUUGGACUUUACUGCUUUUUUUCACUGCUUUUCUACCUUCAAGGCUUUAAUAAUAUGAAGAAGUUUGCAA